GCGAGGCGACGAGUCCGCGAGGGCCGAGGGGGGCGGCGCAACGAGCAGGCGUCCCGGUGAGUGGCAGCUGGCACCGACAGACUGACGUGGCACGUGGCCGGUGGCCGGUGGCCCAGCCGGCCGCGUUCUCCUCCGCCCGUGCGGCGUCCGCCGGCUACUCCGACACUCCGUCCGCCGCCUCGAUCGGACCAAUCCUGCAAUCCCUCAAGACCUCAAGAUUCAGUAGGUGGCCGGCAUGGAUUCUCUCCAUCUCGUGCACGUCAAGCUCUUGGCUGCGGAUCUUCUCUCCCUGGCCUCCCGGCACACCUCGCCGCCUUCGUUUGCUCGCUGCGGCCGCACAGUAGCUCGCGCGGAGGUUGUCGGGGUCGUGGUUUCGCGUGAUCGCAGGGAGAAGUUCCUCCGCUUUCUGGUGGAUGAUGGCACCGGAUGUGUACCAUGCAUCCUGUGGCUGAACCACCAGUACCUGAAUGCAAACGAUUCUUCAUCCAGGGCAUCGGAUUCUGAUCCAACUGCAGAGAUGGCACUGAAGAUGUCCGAGCUGGUAAGCCUGGGCACUCUGUUGAGGGUUCGAGGCAGGAUUGUCUUGUACCGUGGUGCCAUCCAGAUUGCUGUUAGAGAUGUGGUUCUGGAGAAGGACCCCAAUGUGGAGGUGUUACAUUGGUUGCAAUGUGUCCACAUGGCCAAGGAGUGUUAUGAUCUGCAGCCGCCUUCUGCUUGAGGCUCACCUUGG